CCAGGCUCCAUAAAUAGCAGCUGAGCUCUCCCCAGCACCACAGGCACCCACACCCGGUCGCAGCACAGGCACCCUCCAGCCCUCAGGAUGGCUCCGAAGGUGGCCGCCCUUGCCCUGAUGCUGCUGGUGGUCUCAGGGGCACAGGCUGAUGUGAACCCGGACGAGGUGGCCAGCGUGCUCUGGAAAUACUUCACUGAGAUUGGCAGCAACGCCAAGGAGUCGGUGGACCAGCUGCAGCAAGCUGAGAUCACCAAGCAGCUCAACACCCUGCUGCAGAGCAACCUGCAGGGCGUCAGCUCCUACGCCGAGGACCUGCAGCGGCGCCUGGUGCCCUUCGCCACGGAGCUGCAGGCGCGGCUGGUGCAGGACUCGCAGCGGCUGAAGGAGCAGAUCCAGAAGGAGCUGUCGGAGCUGCAGGCCAAGCUGGCGCCCUACGCCAACGAGGUCCACCAGCAGAUCGACUCCAACAUCCGCCAGCUGCAGGCCAAGAUGACCCCUUACGCCGAGGAGCUGCGCUCCCAGGUGGACCGCGGGGCCGGGGAGCUGCGGCGGGCGCUGGAGCAGCAGGUGUCGGAGCUGCGGGACCGGCUGCAGGACAACGCCGGCAGCGUCCAGGCCUCCCUCAGCCCCUACGCCGACCGGCUGCAGCAGCAGAUCGACGGCGGGGUGGAGAGCCUGAAGGAGAAGCUGACUCCCCUGGCCGACCAGCUGAAGGUGCAGGUGGAGCAGAGCGUGGCGGAGCUGCGGAAAGGGCUCAGCCCCUACGCCCAGGACGUGCAGGACGGGCUGAACCGGCAGCUGGAGAGCCUGACGGUGCAGAUGGAGCGGGCGGCCGAGGAGCUGCGCACCCGCCUGGCCACCAAGUCGGAGGAGCUGCGAGCCCAGCUGAGCCCGCUGGCCCAGGAGCUGCGGAAAGUGGCCAGCAGUGAUGUCGGGGAGCUGCAGCAGCGGCUGGCCCCCCUGGCCCAGCAGCUGGACCAGCGCGUGGAGCAGACGCUGGAGGAGUUCCGGCAGCAGGCAGCUCCCUUCGGAGAGGCCCUGGGGAAGCAGCUGGUGGAGCGGCUGCAGGAGAUGCAGGACAAGCUGGAAUCAGGCACUGCGGGCGUGGAGGAUCACCUAGAGCUGCUGGAGAAGGAGGUGCGGGACAAGGUGGCUGCUUUCCUCAGCACUGCCCAGCCGCCCGAGAACUGAGACCCCCCCGAGGGUCGCAGGGGGGGCCGGACGUCCCCCCCUGACACAAGUGUUCACACCCACUGCCCGUGGCAGAAAUAAACUGCCCCCUUGUGAUGCA